AUGACUUCUCAUCUAAAUAUUAAUGAAAUUUGUGAUGUCUUAUUUGAAGAAAUCCCGUCCGAUGAUAAUAGUAUAACUUCUUGUGAUGACUCUGAUAAUGAUAAUGAUUAUAUACCACCUUCUGGUGACUUGAAAACGAAACCCAUUCUAUUUGAAUCUAGUGACGAUGAAAAUUCAGAAAUUUUGAACUUAGACGAUAGAAAUAUUUAUUUACUUCCCUCGCCAAUAAAGCAAAAAAAGUAUACUCGUAGUUCAAUUCGUCGAAAAUGUGUAUCAAAAACAACUGAAGUUAGAUCUCGGACAGCAACACAUCGUCAAUUAUUUUCCGGUUCUGAAAAUGCAUCUUUGAAUAACGAAAAUGUGUCGUUGGAUUUUGAUUUUCAUUCUUUACCUAGUACUUCUUCAGAUCUAAAUAAUGAUUAUCAGUCCAACUCUGGAUCUACACCAUUACGUCCAGUAAAUAUUGAAGGAGUUGAAACCGAGAUUGAAACUCAAUCAACCCAGCAAGAUGAUUUUCAAUUUAUAUCUCCUACAUGGUCAAAAAAAAAUGACAUUAUUUUUAAUGUUUUCCAUUUUCAAGUCCAGAGGGCCCUACAACAUUAUUAA